GGCUGUAUUCUGAAGUGCGUCUUUUGAAAUCAUUGAAGCACAGUAACAUUAUUAGGUUCUAUAACUCAUGGAUAGAUGAUAAGAACAAGACAGUUAACAUAAUAACUGAGCUAUUCACUUCAGGGAGCCUCCGACACUACCGUAAGAAACACAGGAAGGUGAACAUGAAGGCUGUGAAGAAUUGGGCGAGGCAGAUUUUGAUGGGUUUGAGAUAUCUUCACGGUCAAGAGCCACCAAUUAUACAUCGGGAUCUCAAAUGCGAUAACAUUUUUAUCAAUGGAAACCAUGGAGAAGUGAAAAUAGGAGAUCUUGGUCUAGCUACUGUCAUGGAGCAAGCUAAUGCCAAAAGUGUCAUUGGAACACCAGAGUUUAUGGCACCCGAGCUUUAUGAUGAGAACUACAACGAACUGGCUGAUAUUUAUUCAUUUGGGAUGUGUAUGUUGNCUUCGAUUUGUUUCAAUGACAUCAGUUAUAAGGCAUUCGAUGAAGUAGAUGGGAUUGAAGUCGCGUGGAACCAAGUACGAAUAGAUGAUGUUUUGCAGUCUCCGAAUUGCCUGGAGAGGCUGUAUUCUGAAGUGCGUCUUUUGAAAUCAUUGAAGCACAGUAACAUUAUUAGGUUCUAUAACUCAUGGAUAGAUGAUAAGAACAAGACAGUUAACAUAAUAACUGAGCUAUUCACUUCAGGGAGCCUCCGACAGUAUGUAUCUCCUUUCCUCUUUACCACACAACUCUUGUCUUCUGUGCUUGUUUCCCUUUCUUUCUUGUUUAUUGUGGUGAUCACUGCUGUGGAUUUUUAA